AAACGUCACACGCAGGCUCCGCCUCUGUUCUCGCGAGAGCUGGGAGGCAGAAAAUGGUGUUGAUGUGAGCGCGAGCUCGCAACGCUGAGGAAGUCACUGCCACCUGAUCUGAAGCCACUGGAACCCCAGAAACAAGAGUUCGAGGGGAGCGGAGGAUGGAGGAGGAAUCGUCGGAGCCCAGCCCGGACAUGCUGGCCCCUGCAAAGCCCAGCUCCAAAGAGAUCGACAAGGAGGGGUUGUCUCCACUUGUGGCUACUUCGGCCACCUCCUCUUCCUCCAUGGAGGAGGAACCUGGCCCUGACAGGCCAGCCACGCCCCCGGCGUGGGAAUGUGGAGGGUCAGAAGGGACACAGCAGGUUGCCUCCCCAGCUUCAGAUGGCUGCCAGACUGACCCUGGACCAAGCCCUUGCCCGCCCAGCAUAGUACCAGGGACCAGUGAGGACCUCCGGCCUCCUAAACGACGCCCACCGCCAGCCACACAAAUACCAUGCUCUAGCCCUGGCUGCUUCCUCAGUUUCCUGAGUGUUCGUGACCUGGCACAGCACCUUCGUACCCACUGUCCACCUACCCAGUCCUUGGAAGGCAAGGUCUUCCGCUGCUCGGCCCUGAGCUGCACAGAGAGUUUUCCGAGCAUGCAGGAGCUGGUGGCCCACGGCAAGCUGCAUUACAAGCCCAAUCGCUACUUCAAGUGUGAAAACUGCCUCCUGCGCUUCCGUACGCACCGCUCGCUCUUCAAGCACCUGCACGUUUGCGCAGAGCAUGCUCAGAGCCCGGCCGCACCGCCGCCCCCCGCCCUGGACAAGGAGCCACCCGCGCCCGAGCGCCCCCCGGAGGCUGACCCCGCGUCGGCGCCCGGCCUGUCGUUACCGCUGCUCGAGCCCUUCACGACCCCCGCCUCUGCUCCCACUGGGUCCUUCCUCCCUUACUUGAACCCGGCGCCUUUUAGCCUCAGCCCCCCACGCCUGCGACCCUUCCUGGCCACCGCUCCCGGGCCGCCAACGUCCAGCGCGGCUGUCUGGAAGAAGAGCCAAGCAGGUCCUGGCGGCAGUCCCCGAAGACCGCAGGGCGGCUCCGACGCGCCUUCAGUGCACGCGGCCCCGAGCCGCAUCGUGUGGGAGCACACGCGCGGCCGCUACUCGUGCAUGCAGUGCGCCUUCUCCACGGCCUCGCGGCCCGCCAUGACACUACACCUGCAGGACCACCGCCCCGGCGCGCCUGCAGCCCCGGCAUCCCCGGCGCCCGGGCCGCCGCGCCCCGACGCCCCGGCGGGUAAGGCCGAGGGACUCCGGCGGGGAGAGGGCGGGGAGCCGGAGGCCGGGGGCGGGGCCGACGCGCAGGCGCCCCCUGCCCCGCCCCACUCAAACCCCACCCCGCUUUUGCCUAAGGCGUCGCAGUUGAUGUCGGAGGGGGAGCUUCCGGUGUUCUCACUGCUUUGAACCGCACCCCGGUGUUCUCACUGCUUUGAACCGCACCCCGACACUCCGCAGUGAGCUGGGUGGGGCGGAGAUUUUUGUAAUUUGGGGAGGGGGACAAUAAAGGAGGCUCGACGAGCCA